AUGAGCUGCUUCUCCAUGGUAGGAAAAGUACGUCGCCCGGCUGGCGCAAGUCAGAUUAAAUCUCAGGAAAAAGAAAUAAAGACGGAAGAUAUGAAUGAGACGAUAACCAUAAAAUAAUAAGGAUAGAAUAAAGAAUGUAUAAUGACAAUCUCUUUUCAUCUAUAAUUACUUUCAACCAGUAUACCAUACUGUGAUAAACUAAACACUCCAAGAAGUCAAGUCACAUUGAAUCUAUUUUCAUUUUCAAAUGUCAUUCUGGCCCCUCGGGCCGUUCAAAAAUUGCGUAUGGAACUCGUGUUUCAGAGUCCAUCGCGGGCAAUUGGGAAAAGUUUUCAACCAGCAAUAAACGCACCUCGGCAGAGCCUCAUUGGUCACGUUAUCGCCCCAGCGCAAAGCUGUCUGAAGGGUCGAGAGGCGGAGAUCCCCUGUUUUGGUGCGACCGACUUGCGGCGGCUUACGCUGACUCUCAUCUUUGGUAUAUGA